ACCGUCCGGUUGCUUGGCAACGAUCAAGUUGCAAAAUAAACAAUCAGUAGCAAGCCCAGCCGAAAGCAAAUUUACUUACUUAUUUUAUUACUUGUGUCAACAUUUUAGAUCGUUAUUAUUGGAUUAUUUAUCCUGUGUAUUAUGUUUUUUGAGUCCUGUUUGAUUUGACAUAGGAGAAAUGGUUGUUCUACCUCCGUGUACACCUGAUCUGUGCGGGAAGGAUUUUAGGCAUUCUUUGAAAAAACCCAGCCCUAAUUAUCCUUAUGGGGCUAAAACAAGAAAGCUACGGGUCGUACCCGCUUUUACUAUACAAGCAAUGCAAAAGAACACCAAAGUGAUGCCGCCUCCAAAGAGCGGUGUGUUCGACCCCUUGCCGAUAAAACCGACAAUGUUCAGAAAGAGUUACCAACGCGGCGAAUUCCCCGUAUCAAUUGAAUUCACAAGUUCUGGAAAGAGACUCGCAUGGAAGGUCCCCAUUGAAAAGCUGGAUUUCCAUCACUAUCUACCGAUGUUUUUCGACGGCCUUGCCGAAGCGGGUUACCCAUUCAACUUCAUCGUGGAACACGGGAUCGAUGACCUGGUCAAGAAGGGGGGUUAUAAGAUUCUUCCAGUGGUUCCACAGCUCAUUAUUCCAAUUAAAAAUGCCUUUGCAACGAAACGUCCGUCAGUGCUGUGCCAUGCCCUGAGAUGUAUCCAAAUGUUGGUGGCCGGGUGUGACAAGGUUGGCGAGGCGCUCGUGCCGUACUACAGACAGAUACUGCCAACCCUCAACCUUUUCAAAGACAGGAACCGUAACAUGGGCUCCGGAAUCGAUCACACGACGACCAGAGGCGAAAACGUAGCCGACCUCAUUGAAGACACUCUUCAGAUACUCGAGCGACAUGGUGGACCUGACGCCUUCAUCAACAUUAAGUACAUGAUACCUACCUACGAAUCGUGUGUACAGAACUAGUCCGAACUGGUUUUUGACUUUAAAUCAACCGUCGAUAAAGGGCAUAUUGACGUAGCAUGAAAUUAAUAAUAUUAACAUUGUCCUUAUUAUUAUAAUAUGCGAUUUUUACAAUUUAAUAACUUUGUACAUCAAAUAAUAUAAGGCACAGGGCAAAGACUUAUGAAUAACUCGCAGAUAGGAUAUGGUAUCAGAUAACUUUGCACAUGUGUUUGAUUAUUAAUCUCUUAAUUAAUACAUUUUAAUUCUUUUUACACUAUAAUCAAGUGUCUACAUAUUUUUUAUUAGCUAAAUGUUUUUUAUUAAAUCUCCAACUUCUAUACAAAUGACGGUAUUUGUAGAAAGUGUCAGCCGCGAGUUGACAAUUUGAAUAUGAUUAUUAUGUAGGUGUGUAACAAAAAAUCAACCACAUUCUGUAACAUCAACGUGAAUAGGUUUAAAAAUGUUUACAUGCUUCACACAUUUUUUUUUAUUGUUUUUUUUAUGUAGUAUGAAUUAAAAAGACAGCAAACCUAUUUCCAUCACUAAUUUUUCUUUUACUGUAUUUUUAUUAUUAAAAUAGAUAGUCAUGUCGUACUGCUGGAAAUAAAACGAACAACUUGACAGCUAUUAUAUUUUUUUUUGUAAAUCGAACGAAUAAUCGACAGCACAAACGUGUGGCAAAGACAAAGUGUUACACAAACCACGAAUGAAUUUGAAUGCCUUCGCGUAUUCCAAUCGUGUUUUUAAUCGAUUCCAUUUAGCUAAAUGCGUACUCGAUUUAUCAAGCGAUUUGUCUUUGUUUAAUACUCAUUCGAGUAUUUUUACUGCACUUAUAACUUAGUAACCUAACAUUAGUAUGGCUAGUUAGUAGCACAUGUCAUGUUAAAUUUUGUUAACUUAUUAAAUUAUUUAUUUGUGAUAUUAUAAUAGUUAUUAUACAUCAAUAUAGAUGAAUUAAGAUAAUUUAUUUGCAUGUUAUACGAUAUUAUAUUCAUUAUCUUUAGAACUAUUGAGUUUUUAUACUGCUAUGCAAUAAAUUUUGUGUGAUUAAAUUACUAA